AUGCGAAGAUGUGCAUGGCUCUGUCUGCUCUGCGGCCCCUUCAGUUUGGCCCUCCGUGUGCCUUCCUAUGAGGAGGACUUCCCCGCCGACUGCCCCGAGUCGGGUUUCCUUUACCUGAGCGGUAGGUACAAGGUGGCUCGGCAGAUCAACGUGACUCGAGUUUGUCAUCUGGUUGCCUCUCCCGGAACGGAGAUCCGGCUGCAUGAACAGAUAUUCUUCCAGACAGAUGCCACGUUCAGUGGCUCCUGGACUUUUAUCGGAGUGGAUCACGUCGGAAGACAGGCCCGCUGCUUGGACGUGGAAGGGGAGGCGCGGUUCCUCAACGCCACAGCGCACUUUACAAACUGCGGAGGUCACUUAACGGAGGACGGAGGCGGCCUCUAUGCGGAGAAAUCUCUCCUGCUUCAAGAGAGUCAACUUGAGUUCCGGCAGUGUGAGGCGAAAUUCGGCGGGAGCAUCUUCGUUCAAAGGGGUCUGUACCUGAGCAAGUCGCACCUGAGCGUUUUCGACAGCAAAGCCGAGGAGUUUGGAGGAGGAAUCCACGUUGCGCGCUUCGAUGUUGACGACGGGAGUGCCGCAGCGUUCCGGAACUGUGUGGCCUCCAGGGGAGGCGGCGGUGGUAUGCUGGUUCACAAUGGCACGUUGAUCUCAGACGGCCACAUCUCCUUGUCGCACUGCUCGUCGACGGAAGGAGGAGGUAUAGCGCUCCUGGGUUCUCGAUCUCACUUUGUGCAACGCCAAGGUUCGAUUGAGGUGCUGCAGAGCAGGUCCCGGUCGGCACAGGGAGGAUGCAUCCACGUUGACAGCAAGUUUGAACAGCACGUGGACGGCGUUGUGAUCCUGGAUGGCUGUGCCUCUGCCAUGGGUGCAGGAGGAGCCCUCUCGGCGGGUGAGUUGGAGCAGCAGGGCACAAUUCAGAUCUCGAACGCCACAGCCAUGGAUGGAGGUGCCAUCUUUGUCGAGACGACGGCUCGGAUCUCCGGCCGUAUCAUGACCAGGAACACUACGGCCGAAGCCUUUGGGGGAAGCAUCAGGGCGGAAAUGAUGCUCGUGCUCUCCGGCGAGCUGCGAAUCCGUGACAGCCGUGCCCAUUUUUCAGGUGGUGGGGUGCACCUGACGAGCAUGAAAGUCGCAGGUGGAGUCGUUGAUAUCCAGAAUUCUUCGGCCCUGGAACACGGCGGUGCGAUCCACACGAACCUACUCUUCUCACAGUCAGGAGGGCGCGUGCUCGUCCAAGAUGCCGAAGCCCGCUGGGGUGGAGCCAUCCGCAGCUUCUGGUUCGGGCAGAAAGCCGGGAGCAUCACGAUCCGGCGAUGCCACAAUGAUGUCCCUGACAUGGCAGCUGGAAUGGGAGGCGGCCUAAACCUACUAGGUGGCAUGUUUCAGGGAGAAGGAGGUGCGAUGUUCUUCGAGGAUGUUUGGACCAGCAGAAAUGGAGGCGCCAUCGCCUCGAUCUUCAUCGUCUCCCGCGGCAACAUGACCUUUAAAGACGUUUAUGCUCGGGAGGAAGGGGGCGCUGUCUUCCUGCACAAGUAUCGCACACACGUGGGACCACGGCAGAAGCGUUUCAAAGAAACGAUGGACAAGCUGACAGAGGAUGUCAUCGAAUACACGCUGGGUGGCAGACACGCCAGAGACUACAGGGUGUACCGCAGCGACUAUGUCGCCCUCAGGGAGUCUAGGCACGUUUUCCACAACUGCAAGGCGAGCAUAGGUGGCGCGAUCCAAGCGGCAGGUGCCGUGAGGUUCAAAGGCCAUGUUGAAUUCCGCGAUGUCAUGGCGACGACUGUGCGGGGAGGAGCUGCAGUCAGCUGCAUUUUCAUGGGUGUGGUCAGGCCUGUGACGAUCAUCAAUGCCUAUGCGCCAGACGGAGGGGUGUUCUGUAUGCAACGGGCUUUCAGCGCUUCGAUGAUGACAUUCAUCAACACGACGGCGCCGCAGAUCCAAUGUGCGACACGACUCAGCAUCAUCGAUGUCUCAGUGACAGGCACAACGGCUUCAUUGAUGGCGCCGAAAAGGAAGAUCGAGAGAUUGACCUGUGACAACGGCUUGGAAGGAUACCUGGAUAACAUGGAAACGGGCUGCCACAGAUGCAGGCCGGGCUUCUUCCAAUUGCAGGGCGGUCCUGAGAUCAGGAACGACAACCAGAUCACCGGCCACAACUGCAUCCAGGCACCCCAAGGCUCCGAGCAGAUCGAUCAAAUUCUUCAAAUCCGGCCAGGUUUCAUGGUGGCAAGAAACAACUUGUCCACCAGCCUACGCUGUCCCAACGUGAUGGCCUGCCCUGGCGGAAAGCUGAUGGCAGACCAGGGAGUUAGGGACAUGUGCGAGCACGGCUACGAAGGUCGCGGCUGUGUUAACUGCCAGAAGAGCACCCAUGGCCGCGUUACAAACAACCCUUUCGCUUGCGCUGCCUGUGCCGAGAGGCCCUUUCGCAAGGUCUUUCAGUGGACUUGGUUCAUCCUCCAGAACUCGGGAAUCUUUGCGAUAUCUGCAUCAGGUGUGCUGAUGGUCGAGCAGGAGAGCUACAAGAGCACCAUCCUCACCAAUCAGCUCAUGUCCUAUGUCACUGUCUCCCUGCCGGUGCUCACUGCCGUCAUGUACUCCCAGACAUUCCGGAACACGGCAGAAAUCGUUCAGGACGUCUUGCACACCCUUCAGAUUCCCGUGGAGAUCGCGGAUUCGGGGGGAGGUGAAGGACUCUCGGUUCAAUGCUUGCUGGGCUACAUCGGCCUGGAGAAAACACUCUACGGAACGGAUGUGGUCUUCGCUGCCACGGCCCUGUGUCUCAUGGCAAUUCUCGGAUGGCUCUCUGACUUUUGGUCGGCGGUGGUGGUUGGCUUCAACUGCUUCUUGCCGAGGAUCUGUUUCUGCCUCGGGAGGCAUUUGGUGUGCUACCGCAUGCUGCCGCAGGCCCAGGGAGGUCAUUUGGUCUGCGGCUUUGACGAGGAUGCCCGCAUCCCCAAGCCGAUUUCAAGUGUGAUGAUAGCUGCGUGCUUCGUGGUCGGCGCUGGCAUGUGGGCCGUGCUUCUCAGAUAUCGAGGCGAAAGCUCCAGCCCAGGUGUGAUGUACCUUACCAACGCAUACACGAAGGAGUGCCGGAUGUGGGAAAUCACCGUCCUCCUGCGGAAAAUGGCACUCAUGGCCGUGAAUGCCAUGCUUCCCGUGACGCUACACGCUUCGAUGCAAAUGGAGUGCAUCAGCGUGAUCCUGCUGACCUCACUGGUGAUGAACCACCGAUGCGCACCCUAUGUCUCGAAGGCCUGGAACAACAGCGAAAGCAUCCUGCUAGUGUUGGCGCUUGCGACGGUCUCGCUGACUUCCUGCUACAAAGCCAACGAAUUGGACUGGUCCCGCAGUGCCACCAACCAGCAGGUCAUGAUGAUCAUCAUCAUCUUGAUGGCGACAGGACCUGCAGUCAUCCUCGGGAUUCAGAUCACCAUUGCUCUCUAUCGGGAGUUGACGGAGGUGCCAGCGCCAGCGGAGUCCAAGGAGCCGAAAGCGGACUGA